AUGGACAAUCUCAAAAAGAGGAAUCUAACUUUUUUCACCAUCGGACUGAUUUUCAUGCUCAGUGGGAUAGAGUAUGCUGUCAUUCUACCCACAAUAUGGCGGUAUCUACAGAUUCUGGACGCACCUCCGUACUUCCUGGGCCUGGGGCUGUCUGCCUUCAGUUUGAGUGGAUUGUUGACCGGACCCCUCUUUGGGUACUGGUCAGACCAGAGCAAGGCCACAAAGGGAAUCAUUCUGUUCUCCAAUGUCUUUGAGAUUGUUGGUAACUUCAUGUAUUUUAUUGGAUACUCAAAGUGGCUGUUGUUAGGCAGUCGUCUUGUGGCGGGUAUCGGUGCAGGAGCAGGUUCUUCCAUUUUCGGCUUUUUGACUCGCACCACUCGACCUGACGAGCGGGCCGGGAUAUUUGCUGCUAUAAUGGCAUGUCGACAAGCUGGUCUUCUCGUCGGGCCGGCGUUCAACUUGUUCUUGCGUCUGUGUGAUUUCAGACUGGGGCCCUUUGUAGUGAACAAGUACACGUCCCCUGGGAUCUUCAUGUGCCUCUUGUGGAUGCUGCUCCAGUUUGUAGUCUUAGCUCUGUACUGGGAUGUCCCACCCCUCAGCUCCGCGGAGGGGGGCACUGCCAUGGUGGAGAUGAAACAGGACGAGGGUGUGGGGGUGGAGGAGGAGGCGCCUCUCAUGAGCCCGGACCAGGACCUAACCGCACACACCUACAGCACCGUGAACACCGACCUGCUCGAGAACUCAUCCGAAAUGCACCCAGUCAGCCGCACAUCCAACCCCUUCAAAAACUUCAGCGCCAGUCGAGAGUUUCUGAGAGAGGAGGUGGUGGUUCUGCUGACAGCUCAGUUCAUAACGCUCUUCAAUCAGACUGCGCUUGAGACGAUGGUGACACCCAUGACGCAGCGCUACUUCAGCUUCGGGGAGCUGGGGAACAGUCUCAUGUACAGUUUGUGUGGGGUGGAGGUGAUCCUGGGCUUCUUCUUUGUGCGCUGGCUCAGCAGGACCGUGUCUGACCGCGCCAUCUUGGCCAUAGGUCUGGUCAUCUGCAGCGCUGCCUGUAUAUGGUGCAUCGCCUUCCUGUGUGAACCAAGAGGUGGUUACGAAUGGAAGCUGUCGGCAUUUAUUAUCGGAGUCUUUCUGCAACUUCUGGGCCUUCCUUUUGUGGCGGUGUCUCAGGUGUCUCUCUUCUCCAAAGUCACCGCUGAGAAAACACAAGGCUUCAGCCAAGGCGUCAGGCGCUCUGUAGGGGGCGUCGCCACCAUCCUGGGUCCUCUGUGGGCUGGCGGUUUGACCAAUAACUUAUAUAUAAUGCUGGGGAUGAUGCUGGCUCUGCUCAUAAUGAUCUCGGUUAUGACAGCAUUGUCCUAUGAGCGCCUGACUGAACCCAGACGAGUUGAGUGUGCCCACAGCUCUGACAGUGGGGGGUAA